GAAGAAAGUCGCAAUAUGUGGUAUGACCCAAAUACCAAGCCCUGGCCCGAAGGCUCCCUCACAGCAAAGAUUGAACGUAUGCGUCCUGAAUGUGACCUUGUUGAGCGACAACAUGUACUCUCUAUUUUGACUAGAGGGUUCAAUUACUGUCCUGAGGAACUGCCUACCGCGACACAAUUGUUGCAAGAUGCUUCAUUUAGGGUUAUCAUGGACAAAUACGGCUGUUGA